AUGCCCUCCAAAUCCAAGUCCCCAUACAAGUUUUCCUACACAGACGCCAUUCAAGGCAAAGAACUGCACAAUUACUUCGGCAAUCGGGUCCUGGAGUCAAGGGCAUCAGGUGGUCGGGUAGUCGCAGUCAAAGUCAAGCCAACUGAAGGUUUCGCACGAUCCGAGGCCGACAUGAUGCAUUAUGCUUCGCAGCAGCCUGGAAUCUUAGCACCACAAGUUCUGGGCUGCUACGAUGUCGAUCCCGGAAUUACCGUAACCGUGUCAGAUCUCGUCGAGGGGGAGUCACUCGACAACGUCUGGCAUACCAUGACCAAGGCCGAACGAAAGUCCAUAAAACAACAGCUCAAGGAGCAACUACGUCUCUUCCGGCAGUGUACACAACCGUACAUCGGUCGUAUAAAGCGACAGGAGACAAAAAACUUCUACGACCGCAUCCACAUCCAUUACAUGGGGCCUUUUGAGUCCGAAGAGGAGUUCGAUAGUUGGUGUCUUGAGCGGGUGAAAUCACCCAUUGCGAAGAAGAUAUGGGCGCAGCUUUUGCCUGGGAUGCGUGAAACUGGAGAACAGAAGUUCGUGCUGACACAUGGAGACCUAGCUGCGCGGAACAUCAUGGUGAAAGAUGGCAAAAUCACUGGAAUUGUGGAUUGGGAGUAUAGUGGAUUCUUCCCCGAGUAUAUGGAGUAUGCACUUGCGGCUGUGAUUCAUGAUGGUCUUGAGGGUUGGUGGAAGCCUCAUUUGAAGGAAAUCUUGGAACCUUGUGGGUUCAAGAGGGCGAAGUUUACAGCUGCGAUCAAGUGGAGGGGUUGGUGA